UUUUUAAUUUGUGUUCCAUGGCUGUGCCAGUGAGGAGAGCGUCUCUAUCUCCGGCAGUGCGCGCUAGUCCUCCGGGAGCAGCCGAUUUCCAAGCGAUCCGCAGCCGGCGAGAGGCGGGGAGAUGCAGCCCGGCUCCGAAUUAGCUCGCUUCGGGCUGCUGUGCUGCUGUCUCUUGGUACCGGUGCAGAGUUGUGGUCCAGGCCGGGGUUACGGCCGGAGGAGACCGUCCCGUAAGCUCGCCCCUUUGCUGUACAAGCAGUUCAUCCCCAAUGUGGCUGAGAAGACCCUGGGGGCGAGCGGCAGGACGGAGGGCAAGAUCAGCCGCACCUCCGAGAAAUUCAAAGAGCUGACUCCCAACUACAACCCUGACAUCAUCUUCAAAGACGAGGAGGACACAGGAGCUGAUCGCCUCAUGACCCAGCGCUGUAAGGAUAAAGUGAAUUCACUUGCAAUCUCUGUGAUGAACCAGUGGCCAGGAGUGAAACUCCGAGUAACAGAAGGCUGGGAUGAAGAUGGACAUCAUUCAAAGGAGUCCUUGCAUUAUGAGGGCCGAGCAGUAGACAUCACCACCUCUGAUAGGGAUCGCACCAAGUAUGGCAUGCUGGCCCGUUUGGCUGUUGAAGCUGGAUUUGACUGGGUUUAUUAUGAGUCAAAAGCUCACAUUCAUUGUUCAGUGAAAUCAGAUAACUCAUUGGCCACCAAAACGGGUGGCUGUUUCCCUUCUAAAGCCAUGGUAACACUGGAAAAUGGGCAAACCCGAGCUGUGUCAGAUCUGAAUCCUGGGGACAGGGUCUUAACAGUGAAUGCAGCUGGUCAGGUGGUCCCCAGUCAAGUCCUUCUCUUCCUCGAUAAAGAAGAACAACUGAGGAUCUCAUUCACUGUGCUGGAGACUGAAGAUCCUAGACAGCGGCUAGAACUCACAGCAGCACAUCUCAUCUUUGUUUCUGAUAAUAACACUGACAGAAUGGAGAACUUUAGGCCGAUAUUUGCUAGUCGAGUACGAACAGGUCAGUUCGUCCUUGUAAGAGAGAUUGGCUCAGGCCAGUUGCGUGCAUCUAGGAUUAAAGCUAUUUAUGUGGAGGAGUACGUUGGUGCCUACGCACCACUGACGUCUCAUGGCACUCUGUUAGUGAAUAAUGUACUGGCAUCUUGUUAUGCAAUGAUAGAGAAGCACCACUGGGCGCAUUUGGCAUUUGCACCUCUCAGACUCUUUCACUCAUUGACUUCUUUGUUACCAGUCCUCCAUCCUGGGCAUUGCAAUGCCACACAGGAGAAUGGCAUCCAUUGGUACUCCAAGUUUCUCUACAGCUUAGGUGAGAAGGUUCUGGACAGGGAAAUGUUUCACUCUUUAUGAACAGUUGUAGGAACAGGUCAACAUUCCCUCUUGGAGAUGCAACCUCUGUGUAUCUGAGAUGCACCAGGUCCAUCUGCAUAAGUACCUACAUGGUCUUCAGCUUUAAGCAGCAUUGUGGACUUCUAAUUCUGUACAAGGGAACUCUACUCCCAGGGAUAGAAUUUAUUUUAUGUGUCAGUAAUUAUACAUCCAAAAUAUAUUUUUCUACGUCACAUCUAUAACUUUUAAUUGUUCUUCUGAAUGUGUAUACUUUAAAUAUGUUGCGUGGUUAAUGUAAUCAUGGUCAAAAGUAAGCCAGUUUGCGGAAUUAUUAUAAAGUUUAUUUUUAUACUUCUGAAUUGUAAUAUAAUUUUUUGGGAUAAAGUCAAUAUUAAUAGAAUUAUGUCGCAGUAUUUCUAAUAGUAAUGAUCAAAGUAUGUAAUGAAGUUUUGUUAAUUUAAUUUGUUUGUUUUUAUGGAACUAAAGUCUCUCUGACCCCCUUGAAUUUUGUGUCUCCGUAGCCACUUUAACAAGAGUUGCAUCAGAUGACAUUGCUCUCACUUCUGUCUCCUUGUCUUUUUCCUUUUUGUGUCUUUUAUAUCUCUCUUUAUCUAUCUAUCUAUCUAUCCACCUGGUCUUGUCUAUCCCUUUCUUUUGCGCACUUACUUCCAUAUUUUAUUUUCUUUAGAUUUGUUUAUUCAUAGUAUAUAUUUGUCUUUCGACUUAUAUUCUGCAUAAUUUUCUCUGUGGCUCCACGUCAUCAUCUUUAAACGAAUGCAGGAAAAUAUCAGUCAUUUUUUACCCUAUCUCACUUGUCUUGAAUUUUUGUUCCCUAAAUCUCUUCUGUAUCUUCUGUGAGGAAUUUAAUAUUCAAUUGUUUUAAUAUGAAUCAACUUCAAAUAACCUGCACGUUGCACUAUAACCUAGCUGUGAACUGGUCCAUACAUACUUUAGGUUAUCUUAUGCAUGUCGUGUUGUAAACCUCAAAGGAGUGGAGCAGGAAAUCUAACUUUAUCAGCCUGAUCAGAACCUAUUUAUAUUGCAGUUAGUUAAAAUCAACAUGAGGAGUUGGGUGCUUUUAUAAGA